AUGGAAGCCCCGGAAGAGCGUCCGCACAUUUCGCUGGCGACAAACGAGCCACAUCAGACAAUCUUGAUCGCUGGUCAAACACGAGAUUCAGAAUAUAGCAUUGAGGUGCCUUCUGCCAUGCCUCCCUUCAACAGUGGAUGUGUGACCCCACAAGAGGAGGCUUUUACGAGGGAAAAUGCAAGCUUUGAGAAGACAUCAGACGAGGACCCCAAUGUCAUUGAGUUUGAUGGCCCAUUUGACAAGGGGAAUCCAAUGAAUUGGAAGAGAAGCUAUAAGUGGCUGCUCACUUUCACAUUGGGUCUUGUGGUCUUUGUUGUUACAUUCUCCAGUUCAGUCUUCAGCUCUGUCCUCCAAGCCACAGCUUUGGAGUUCAACGUGUCUACAGAAGUGACCACCCUUGGAACGAGUCUUUUUGUCUUGGGGUAUUGCUUUGGACCGAUAGCAUUUGGCCCAUUGUCUGAAGUCUAUGGCCGAAGGAUCCCACUGUUUCUCGGGCUAUUCGUUAUGUCAACGUUUGAGAUAGGAGUGGCUGUUGCGCAAAAUUUGUACACAAUUUUACUGUGCCGAUUUUUUGCCGGGUUCUUUGGCUCUGCCCCACUAGCUGUUGUCGGAGGGACCCUGGCAGAUUUCUGGAACCAGGUUGAUAGAGGUGUUGCUCUAUGCUUCUUUGCAGGUGCUACUUUCGUCGGGCCCGUUGCAGGCCCGAUUGUUGGAGAAUUUGUCGCGAAAAGCUACCUCGGUUGGCGAUGGACACAGUACAUCAUAGUCAUCACGGGGUUCUCGUUUUUCGUGGUUGGUCUUCUCAUCAUGCCUGAAACCUACGCUCCAGUGAUCCUGCAGAAACGCGCAAAGGCUAUUCGGUUUGAUACGAGAAACUGGGCCGUGCGGGCAAAAGCAGAUGAAAGGCAAAUUAACAUGCAGUCAAUCGUCGAAGUCUACUGCAAGCGCCCCUUUGCCAUGCUUUUCUCUGAGCCGAUACUUCUGCUUGUCACUUUGUAUAUGGCUCUGAUCUACGGCAUACUCUACCUAUUCUUCACAGCCUACCCAAUUUCUUUCGAAGAGAAGCGUGGAUGGGCCACUGGCGUUGGUGCCCUCCCGUUUAUUGCUAUCACAGUUGGUGUCGUAAUGGGCAGCAGUAUCAUUGUGUACCUCACAAAAACCCGCCUUGCGGUUAAUUUUAAGAAGAACGGGAAGAUUCUCCCAGAGGAACGUCUCCCUGCUAUGAUCAUUGGCGGAUUUAUGCUUCCUAUCGGUCUUUUCUGGUGGGCUUGGACCAGCGAUCCAUCCAUCAACCCAUGGCCUCAAAUCAUUGCGGGUGUUCCGGCAGGUGCCGGUAUUCUCAUGAUUUUCUUACAAGGAAUGAGUUACAUUAUCGAUGUCUAUGAGUCAAAUGCGAACAGCGCCCUUGCAGCAAAUACUUUUGUAAGAAGUUGGCUUGGUGCUGGAUUUCCCUUGUUCGCAUCGGCUAUGUAUCAUAACCUCGGGGUGAAUUGGGCGACAACUUUGUUGGCAUUUUUGACUCUUGCUAUGAUACCAGUUCCAAUUCUCUUCUAUUACUAUGGAGGCAGAAUUCGCCAGAUGAGCAAGCGAGCUUGA